AUGCUUUAUUCUUUCUCUAUCUUUCUUUCAUUCACCCUCUAUUCCCUUUCAUUCUUUCUUUAUCUUUCUUUAUUCAUAAUCUUUCUUUCCCACUCUCCCUUACUUUCUCUUUUUCUUUCCCAUUCUUUCUCUUCUUUCUUUUUCUACCUUCUCUUUCUCUUUCUAUCAUUUUCUUUCUUUCUUUAUUCUCCUUUCUCUUUUCUUUCCUACUCUUUAUUUCUCUUUCUUUCUCCUCUUUUUUUAUAUGUUCUUUCUUUCUCCUCUCUUUUGUAUGUCUUUUCUUUCUUUCUUUCUUUCUUUCUUUCUUUCUUUCUUUCUUUCUUUCUUUCUUUUUCCAAUUCUUUUCUUUCUUUCUCCUCUCUUUUUCUAUGUUCUUUCUUUCUCUCAUUGUCUCUGUCUUGCUGUCUUUUUAUAUCACUAUCCUUUUCUUUCUCUUUUUCUUUCCUACUCUCUUUUUAUUUCUCUAUCGUUUUUCUUUCUUGCUUAGUUUUCUAUCUGUUUCUUUCAUUGUAUUUUUUCUUGUUCAUUCGUUGCCACUCUAUCUAUCUUUCUGUCUCUCUAUCUAAAAUAUCCUUAAAGUUGACCGUUUAA